AUGGAGGAUUUCGUUGUUGUGCCGGUGGAGGUGCGGUGUAGGCAAAUGUGUACAGAUGCCGCUGAGCUUUCAAAGGUUAUCACGAGUUUCAUACGGCACCGCAACGGUGUUACACACCCGGGUGACAUUAUCCCGCUUUGGGGUGCAUCCGAGCUUAUCACAUCAACAGUUGAGCUCUUGCGGGUAUGUGACGUUUAUUGCCCACUUAACGGGGUUGCAGCGGGCAGGGCGGAUUACGCAUUGGUGAUGUACUACCUUCAUGGAGAUGAUGUGUCUAUGGCAAUGCAAGGAGAGGAAACUUCCGAGUCGCAGGCGCUGUUAACCUACCGCGAUUCAGACGACGAAGUGGAUGCAUCGACUGUCCCUUGCUCCAUAGUGCAGAUACCGCAUGCAUCGCUAGAAGGCCUGUGGGAGUCGAUGCAUUUCGGGGACUCUACCUGUGACACGGUGGAGCUUAAGCGUGACUUGUUGCAAUAUAUGCACACUGCAAUGGUUUUCUCUAUGGCUGAUGUGAACCCACAAGUCAUCGCGUGGAAUCAGUUGGUGCUGCUACACGGGCCCCCCGGCACAGGGAAGACAUCUUUUUGUAAAGCACUUUCACAUAAACUUUCUAUACGGCUUGCGGGAAUAUUUCCCAAGGCGAAGCUGGUAGAGGUUAACACUCAAAGUUUGUUUAGUCGUUGGUUUAGUGAGAGUGGGAAGCAUGUCAUGGGCCUGUUCCGCCGUAUACACACGAUGGCGGAGGAUUCCAAAUGCCUUCUUUUUGUCCUCGUGGACGAGGUGGAAUCACUAGCUGGCGCGAGGAACUCUGCAAUGAGGGGUAACGAGCCCUCAGAUGCUAUCCGUGUCGUCAACACUCUGUUAACUCAGCUGGACAUUCUACAGAAAAAGAGGAACGUGGUGAUAUUAGCUACGAGUAACAUCACCGGGGCCAUUGAUGUCGCGUUUGUUGAUCGUGCUGACAAGAAGGUAUUUAUUGGCCCACCGGGGUUACCAGCCCGUCUGCAACUAAUCAGGGCAAGUACGCAAGAGUUGGUUCAGAGGCGGUUAAUUAUGCUUGAUCCUCCCAAUGAUCAGGGGUUCAUAGGCGCAGGGGGGCUGAUGCCGAUCGGGGAAGGUCGUGUAGAACUCAAUGCGAGAGAGUUGCAGCGGCUUGAGCUGGUGGCGGCGCAAUGUGAUACCUUCAGUGGAAGGACUCUGAAGAAGCUUCCUUUCCUUGCCUACAGCAAACACAUUGGUGGGUCCCCAGUCUUCACUACCGGAGAGAGUAGUACCGCAUCUGCUAUCUCAUUUGACACGUACAUUAAAAGCUUGACGAGUGCUGUAGAGGGAGAAAUAUUAUCGAGGAGAAUGAUGGUGUCAUCAUAG